GACGCCUUCCGCAGACCAGAAACAAGAAGAACAAUUUUGGAUUAGAUCGGCGAAUUCGAAGCUCCAGAUCGUCAUUUUGAAGCCCCGGUGAUAGGGUUUUUCGUUAUUUAUUUGAUUUAGAUAUCGAAAUUCAACGAAGUUCUUUCUUUCAAGGCUGAAUUUGUUUUUGUUGUUGUUGGCGUUGACGGAUUCUUUUAUUCGAAAAUCUGGGUAAGGAUUGGCUGGGGCGAUUGUUAUUUCUUUAUUUGAUUUUAUUUGAAUUUCUACCCUUUGUUUGUGGUUGAUUUUUCCCCUUCAUCCAAGAUCGGACUUGGCGUUGUUUAGAUGUCAAAGAAUCUUAUUCAGAGGAUGAGCAGAUUUGGGGGUUUUGUUUUUUCGUUGAUGAAAGUUGUUGAAAAGAUGGGGUCUUCUUUUUCGGAUUCUCCUAUAUCGACCUUUCGCAUUGAAUAUAGUAAAAUUUCUUCUGGGAUGUUUCGUAAGUGAGGCGAUCGGCAUCGAUUGCUGCAGGAGCUUCGGUGGAAGGGGUUUUUAUCGCUAAUUUUAGGAUGUUUGUCUACUUUAGUGCAAUAUAUCGAAGUCAACAGAGCUGAUUCUUUAAUCAAGACUUGAAACACUAUUCUGGGAGCUAUACCGAUGCAUCGAUAGGCUGAUUAGAUAGAAAUUCUAAGGUGUUUACUUUUUGUUAGAUGGAUUAAUUGUCAUUUAGAUGCGUCGAAAGGCUGGUGUUCUUAUCUUCUGAUGAUAAAUUUGGUAUAAUGUUUAGAUGGAUUAAUUGUUCGUUUAGAUGCGUCGGAAGGAUGAUGUGCUAAUCUUCUGAUGAUAAAUUUGGUGUUUUUACUGUUUAUAUUAUUUGGAUCUUUGGACCUUGGGGUUACUUUUUUCUGAUUUAAGGAGCCUCAUGUUCUUGUUUGUGAAAUUCAAAACACCUUAGCUGCAGAAAAGUGUAGGGAAAUUGAAGGAAGAAUAAUAUGUCCUUCAAAGGAGAAAUGGAGACCUUUACUGAUGUUUUUGGCUUUUGUUCAGAUUGACUGUCGGAUAGGGACACGAUAUUUUACGUUAUGGGCGAAGCGAACUUAUAAAGCUUUAGGGUGAAGACAGAUUAUCAAUAGAAAAUACUUGCCCUGCUAGCCCCCCUGGGUCCAUCCUGCUGUUGGAUAGUUUGACACAAAGUAGCUAGGUUGCCAUGUCAAUUUUUGGGCAUAGAUAAAAACAAUUGUACUUAUUGCCCAGAGUUAAUAUGCAGAAAUAAUGCAUAGAAAAUAACACAGUUUGUCAAAAGUCAAAACUGUAUGCUUUGAUGAUGAUUGAUGAAACUUUUACUUUAUAUAUUCUAUUGUAUGUGAAGAACUCAAAUGUGUCCAAUGGUGACAUUGAGAAGGGAAUUUUCCUGGACAUCAAAUGUGUCACCCUGAUCUGCCUCAAGGAAGGAUAGACACUUCUCUCGUUGAUUUUUUUUAGCUGUAUAAUAAUCUGUGUAUUUUUAAAUAUCUGAAAAGAUUGGAGGAACCAAAUUAACUAACCAUAUUUUUGCUUGCACCGGAAGUUUCUCUUCUACACCAGUAGGUCUGGAACGCAGAAGUUUUGUAAAUUCCGACUUUUUUUGGAAAACAGUUCCAAAGAGGAAUAGGAGUGGGAUGAGUCGUAACAGGAAGCCAGUUGCUAAAAGCUUGACAAUGGGAUUGGAGCUAGCCAAUAAUAAUUCCAGAGAACUGGAGAAUGUUACUGAUCCAGAAUCGGAGAAGCUUGGUGGGGAUGUUCUAGGUCGGCGCUUUAGUGAAAAAGUUGAGAAUGUUCCAAUUAAGAAAAGGUGGUUUAUGUUCCGGUCUCCGUCACCACCAACCCCAAUUUCCACUUGUCUGCACCUUGAAGCCUCUGAAGAGCAUGUAGGUUUUCAAACUACUGCAGAUCAGAAUUGUGGUUCAAGUGCUGAGCAGUGGCAACGGCUCAUGAAUCUGAUUGUUCUGUCAAGUCAUAUGCUCCUAGUACCGAUGAUGAGAAGAUUCCAGAGGUAAUAAACGGUGUCGAGGAUCUCUCAGGGAUUGAAAUAC